AAAGAACUUGAAAAAUAUUUUUGAAAAAUUAGAGAAAAAAGUUAAAUGAAAACCAAAAGUUCAAGCAUGAAAAUCCAACAGAGAAUCUGACAAAAACAGACAGAAGUUCAUCUGAAAUUUCUCCCCAACGUUUCUGUUUUGCUUGUGGUUUUGAAACCGAUUCAAACUCCUCGGUUCCGCCCUCUUUACCAACGUCAGCCGGCUGACAUCAAAGGCUUUCGAGUGUUUUGUGCGCGAAGUGAAACAUUUGAAAGGAAGCGCGCCUUUCUUCCUGCAGACAUGGCAGAGCCUCUGGUUCCCGUGAGCGUCAACGUCCUGACAUGUCGAAUCUGCAGCCAGCUGCUCAGGAAUCCUGCCACCAUUCCCUGCGGACACAACUUCUGCCUGCAGUGCAUCGAGUACUUCUGGGAGCAGGGGGCGAGCUGCAGCUGUCCCGAAUGUGGACAGACCUUUCCAUCCAAACCUCGGCUGACCAGGAACUCCACUCUGGCUGAGGUGCUGAGAGGAACGGAGGACCGACAGAGCAGGAAGAGGAGAAGUUCAGCGUCCCCGAGGGUGCAGAAGAUGCUCCGCGGUGAGGAACCGUCCGAGGACUCUCUGUGUUUGCUUCACAACGGCAGCCUGGACGUGUUCUGCUACACGGACGAGCAGAUCCUGUGUUCUCUCUGCGCCAUAGCUGAACACGCAGGACACAAACUGGGGUGGGUGAAAGAGGAGCGGAAGAGGAAGCAGGAGGAGCUGAUGACCCUGCAGAAGAACCUCCAGCAGAUCCUGCAGGACGGAGAGAAGAAGAAGCAAAAGAUGUGCCGCAUGUUUGACCAGAUCAAGGACGAGGCCGCACAGACAGAGGAGUACAGCGAGGGCGCCAUGGUCCGAGUCAUCGACGGCUUCCAGACCCGCUACCUGUCGCUGAGGGAGACGAUUGCCGCUCAGGCGGAGACGGCGGCGUCCCGGGUCCACAGCUGUCUCCAAACGCUGGAGGUGGAGAUGGAUGCGGUGAGGAGGAGACGGGCGGAGCUGGAUCGUCUGGCUCAGAGCGGCAGCGACAGAGUCUUCAUGCAGAAAUGGGCGUCUGUUCAGCGCCUGAGCAGGACAGAGCGUCUGACCUGCGAGGAGGACGCAGAAAAUCCACUCGUCUCCUUUGAGGCCAUGAGGAGAGCCGUACAACAGACUGUGAAGAAGAUCCAGGAAUUCAGCGACAGAGAAUUCGCCUCCAUCUUUAGUGAAGGUACGAGUCUGGGUAAAGGAGCUCCUGGGAUCACACAAACCCCUCAACCCCAAUCCCGAGAGGAGCUUCUGCGAUAUGCGUGUGAACUUUCUCUGGACCCAGCAACAGCUCACCGAGACCUGCAUGUCAGUGGAGGAGACAAAGAGGUGACGUCGGGCUCAGAGAAACCCAAAGGUCCAGCGAGCUGUGACCCGCAGAGGUUCGCCCGGCGCCGGCAGGUUCUGUGCCGGGAGGGCCUGCAGGCGGAGCAGUGCUACUAUGAGGUGGAGGUAAAGGGGGAGAAGGUGGAGAUCGCCCUCAGCUACAGGAGAAUCGACAGGAAGUCUUUCAGUAAACUGUCAGCUUUUGGAGCAAACGACUUCUCCUGGAGUCUGGAUCGCUCCAGCACCUACUCUGUUAGCCACGCCUCCCAGAGCGUCCAGCUCACAGCUCCGCCCUCACACUGCCGGAUCGGGGUUCACCUGAAGUUCAGGGAGGGAGCUCUGCUCUUCUAUGAGGUGCAGGACAGCAUGAAGCUGCUCUAUAAGGUGGAGGCCACGUUCACAGAGCCGCUGUACGCUGGAUUCUGGCUGGGAGAGAAGUGUAGCAUAAAGAUCUGUGAUUUGAGUCUGAGCUAGAGAGGUCUGACGGACUGCAGGGAACAAACCGGAGCUUCACAAAACACACUUUGUGUUGGUCUACAGGCAGACUACACAAACAGCUCUUUUUCCAGCAUCCCAAUAACAAAUCGGCAAGGAAACACAAACUAGGACAUUUGCAUUACCUGCGAUAAUGCUGGUGUGAAUGCUUCCUGCUGAAGAUGCUGAAGCAGUUCACUUUAAUUAAUCAAUAAUGUCCUAAAAGUGCUGAACGUUUUGAUACCAAACAUGCAUAAUUUGCAGAAAGUGCGCAAAAAAAUUCUACGAAUUUCUUGAAAAAUCGCAAAAAUUGCGAAAAAUGUUAAAAGUUGGAAUGCUGUAGCCACAAGUAUGAAUGUAUUGAUCAUGCUGAAUGUUUUGACACCAAACUUUAUUAAUUUGAAGAAUUUCUUGAAAAAUUGCAGAAAAUGUAAAAAAUCGUCAAAUAUACGAAUACCAAAAGGACAGGCAUGAAUGUCCUGAAUGUGCAGAAUGUUUUGAUACCAAAUUUGUUUAAUUUGAAGAACUUCUUGAAAAAUGUUAAAAAUUUAGAAAAAUUGUAAAAUGUGUAUAAAUAACAAGAGCACUAGCGUGAAUAUCCUGAUUGAGCUGAACAUUUUGAUACCAAACUCCCAUAAUGUUCAGAAAGUGCAGAAAGAAUUUGAAGAAUUUGUUGGAAAAAUCCCAAAAUACAUUUUUAAAUGCGUAAAAGGUAUGAAUAUCAAAAGUACAGGCACGAAUUUCCUGAAUGUGCUGAACGUUUUGAUAACAAACUUACUAGAUUUUAGAAGAAAUUCUUGAAAAGUCGCAUAAAUUGAAGAAAAUUUCAAAAAUCGUCAAAUAAAUAAAUUCCAAAAGUACAAGCAUGAAUGUCUGAAUUAGCUGAACGUUUUGAUACCAAACUUGUAUAAUUUGAAUAACUUUUUGAAAAAAUCUUAAAAAUGGCAAAAAAUCUUAAAAUGUAUAAAUACUAAGAGUACUAGCAUGAGUGUCCUGAUUGAGCUGAACGUUUUGACACCAAACUGCCAUAAUGUUCAGAAAGUGCAGAAAGAAUUUUUAAAAAAUUCGUGAAAAAUCCCCAAAAUUGCAAAAUAAACGUUUAAUCGUGUGAAAGCUAUGAAUACCAAAAUACAAGCAUAAAUGUCCUGAUUGUGCUGAACGUUUUGAUCCCAAAUUUGUAUAAUUUGAAUAACUUUUUGAAAAAAUCUUAAAAAUGGCAAAAAAUCUUAAAAUGUAUAAAUACUAAGAGUACUAGCAUGAGUGUCCUGAUUGAGCUGAACGUUUUGACACCAAACUGCCAUAAUGUGUGCAGAAAGAAUUGAAAAAAAAAAUUCUUGAAAAAUCCCCAAAAUUGCAAAAUAAAUGUUUGAUCGUGUGAAAGCUAUGAAUACCAAAAUACAAACAUAAAUGUCCUGAUCGUGCUGAACGUUUUGAUACCAAACUUGCAUCAUUUGAAGAACUUCUUGAACUACUUAAAAUCGCAAAAAUUGCAAAAAAUCUUAAAAUGCGUUAAAAAGUAUGAAAACCAAAAGUACAAGCAGGAAUAUCCUGAUUUAAUUCAAUUCAAUUCAAUUUUAUUUAUAUAGCCCAAAAUCACAAAGAGAUUUGCCUCAUUGGGCUGAAUGACUUGAUACCAAACUUGCAGAAUUUGCACAAAGAUUUUGGAGAAUUUCUUAAAAAGAUCACAAAAAUUCAAAAAAAUGUAUGGAUACCAAAAGUAUAAGCAUGAACGUUUUUAUACCAAGAAUGCAUAAGUUACAGAAGUGGACAAAGUUUUAGAAGGAUUUGAAGAAUUUUUAAAUUCAUUUUCAGUGGGGCUUAAAAAAUCGCACAAUCUUAAAAUGCGUAAAAACUAUGAAUACCAAAAGCAAAAGGGAGAAUGUCCUGAACGUGCUGAACAUUUUCAAACCAAACUUGCAUAAUUUGCAGAAAGCGUGAUUGAGUUUUUACGUGUCAAAAAAUGUAUGGAAGAAAAACUUACUGAUAAUAACUAAAUAUUCAGCAUUACCUGCAAUAAUGCAAGUGUGAAUGAUGUAAGCUGAAUGUGAAGAUACCAGAGCUGAUGGCUAAACGGCCUCAAGCUAACAGCUGCAACCAUUAAAGCUGAAAGCUCGCCAAAGUAUUAGCUAGAUCCCAAAUUGGCCACAAAAAUAAAUAAAUAAAUAAAUAAAAGCGGCAAAAUGUUUUGUCGAAACAUCUAGCAUAUUGCUAAAAUAUUAGCUAAACUCCAAAUUAGCCUAAAAAAAUGAAAAAA